CAAGGAUCCGUUGCCCGCCUGAUGAUGAGUGAUCGUGAAAGUCCGACGAAGGAAAUUCUGUCCUUCGCCGUCAUGUCGCGCUGGCCACUACUGCUCUUCAGAUAGGAGAGAGUAGGCGCGCUAUCUACAAGCCAAACCAAAAAUCAAAAACGCCAUCGCUAUGCAUGCUGUAUGUAUAUUCCGUCCAUCAUCGUGAGAGAGAGGGAAAAAAAAGGGGUAAAAGGUUGGGUGGAGUGAAUUUUCGCCGUCGCCGGCGUCAAAAAUGGUCGUCGUUUCGUCGCCGCUCUCGCCCGCAAGCAAAAGAAACGCACUGCGCAAAGCUUAACCCUAGCACUGGGCGCGGUGGUGGUGCGGCAGCCAGCCAUAGCCCAGCCCCAUCAUCGGCUGCUUCGCCGCCUGGUGCUGCUGUUGCUGGUGCUGUUGGUACCACCACUCGGUCGCGUACGUCGAGUCGCCAGCGUCCAGGUUCUCGAGCACGAAGCCCUGGCCCGCCAUGUCGGUGGGCAUGACCACCGCCGGUGCCGCCGCCGCCGAAGCCGGGUGCAGCGUCGACCAG